CUCGUUUCACUCCUCCGCGACCUUCCCGCAGCCGAAGUUUUCGCGUGCCGCUCAGGUGCCUCACGCCGGGCGGCCCGCGGCGCUCACCCCCGCCCGGGGCACCGGAGCCAGGUGGGAGACCCGCAAAAGCCGGCGGGGAGGGAGGGCUGCGGCUCCUCCGGGGGCAAGCCCGUCGCCGGGCGGGCAGGGGAGCGGCGGAGGCAGAGCAGCCCCCGCCUCCCGCCCGCUCUCCUCCCCCUUCCCCCGCUCCCGCCUUUUGUGCGCCGAGCCCGGGCGUCAACGGGCGCCGGCGGCCGCGGAGCUGACAGGAGCCCGCGGCUAUCGGCCUCGGCAGCGGCGCUGUGGCGAGGGCGGCAGCGCUGAGCCGCGGCCGCUCCCGUCACCAAGGCGCUGCCUGGCACAGAAACACAGACAGAGACGGACUGACAGACACACGCAGCGCGGAGCGGCGCGGGCUCGGGGGCCGCCUUUGUAGCUCCUCUCCUCCUCCCUGCACCAUGCUCCGCUCCAGGCAGCGCCCGCCCGCUGCUCCCUGAGGGCAGCCAGCCCCGUGCCCGGCAAAGCGGGCGAUUGACACCCGGCUCCUUCCCCGCGGCCCCAGUUACCUGAGUUAGCUCCGUCCCGGGCACUUUGGCAGCGCCUCCGCCCUUUCCCGCUGUGGCAGCCCUAGUGCAGCGCAGGAGCGAGCCGCCAGCAGCCGGAGGGACUGCAGCCGCCGCCGGGGAAGACGAGCUCGAGCCCCCGCCUCCGGAGCUCUUCAUGGCGUCUCACCAGCAGACGAGGAUCCAAGCCUACCUGGAGAAGAAUAAGAUCGGUCCCCUCUUCGAGGUAAGGAGUUGAUGACCAAGCUGAUAACGGAGACACCUGACCAGCCAAUCCCAUUUCUAAUUGAUCAUCUUCAGUCCAAGCAGGGAAACCGUGGUCAGCUUCAGAGAACAUUGUCUGGCUCUGCUGCCCUCUGGGCAGAGAGUGAAACACCAGAAAAUAAAGGAACAAGAAGAGAUUUUAGAAAUUAUGAUAAGCCUUGGCAGGUAAAUGCAAAAAAGCCUAAAAAGUCAAAGAGUGACCUUGCUGUGUCCAACAUUUCUCCACCAUCACCGGAGUCCAAGUCAUUGCCAAGGUCAAUAGAGCAUCCUAAAUGGGAUUGGAAGACAAAACCGGAGAACCAUGAUUUUGAUGAACUAAAUCAUAUUCUUCAAGAGAGCAAAAAGCUUGGAAAAGCCCUUGAGAAUCUGUCUCGCAGCAUUGCUAUUUCUGAUGAACUUGAUAAGGACACAGCAGGUUUUAACACUCCCCUUCUCAGACCUCGUGUUAUUGGAGAAUGGAUUGGCCGUGAAGAGAAUGAUGCAGACCCUCUGGCUGCUGAGAUGCUGCAGCCACCUAUACCAAGAAAUAAAAAUGAGCAGUGGGACAGUGAGGAUAGCAGCAGUCCUGGAGGAAGCUUAAAAAUGGAGCCAAAGACCAAAGGAUUAAAACAUCAACAGCAGCAACAUAAGAAACUGCUGGCUGCCAUGCUUUCUCAGGACUCCUUUGAUUCUGCUCAAAGCACAGCUCCAUCUGUAACUGAAGAAGACAUUGACAAUGAAGAUGAUGCAAUGGAACUACUGGAGGAUCUUGAUGAUCUCAGAAUGGAAGGAGUAACAAGUGUGGUGUCUUCUGGGAGCAAAUUCAAUCAAACUCGAAGUGCUCAUACGGCUGAGCCUCAAGCAAAGGUCACAUUGAAUAUAUGUGCAAGAUGUGCCAGAUUGCAAGGGGAUAAUUUGGCAGAAAGGCCAGAAGAUGUCUCCAUGGUAUCUCAGACAUCUGAAACAGCAGUGUCAGACUCUGAUGCUCAAGUACCUGGGGUUGAAACACUCACAGAAGAUAUUAAUGAGUUUCAGAGUGCUACUCAAGUGGCAGCAUCUUCUCAGACAGUUUGGACCUUGGAUGCCAUGACUGUUAGACCUGGAGGUUCCCCAAGACAGAAACUCCUAAAGGAUUCCUUAGCAGCAAAAGAACUUCAGACCAUGGAAAAACACCUAGCUGACAUUGAGAAGGACCUCGCACUGUGGGAAGAAGCAAGGCUGUCAAGAAGCCCUGGUGUCCAGCAUCCCAGUGUAGUUACACCUGACCACCAAGGCAAUCUUCAAGCUGCACAGGGCCCAACCCCAAGGUCUCAGGUGCCAACUCCAACAGGGAAGAACGUUCAGCUCCAAGGAAGCAAAUCACCACCGCUGCCCACUAACAGCAGAACACAGGUCUCCAGUGUCACAAACAGCAGUGCACAAACCAAGAGGCCAUCAGCUCCAGGGAGCAGACCUAUGACCCCAAAUAGCUUGUUGUCACGGCCUCUUACCCCUAGCAACCAAGGAAAUAGGGAAGGCAUUAUUAGCAUGCAAAGAAGCAGAUCUUUGUCAUCUAAGAGCCAAAUGGGGAGGACCCUCAGUGCUGCUUCAGGGCUUUCUGUGCAAGUGAGUGGAGAUGUUGUUGGAACUGUCACUACUCAGAGAAACAGUUUAUCAGAAAUCUGUUUGUGGCAGGAUGAAUUCUUACAACAGCUUCAACUUGCUCAUCAACCUUGGAUAUUGCCGAGUGACACAGAAAGUGAAGGAGUGGAAGCUGACCAAGACAAAUGUAAGUAUGUGUGUAAGGACCAGAUAAUAUGUCAAAACCCCUCAACUUUACUUCUGUUUUCCAUAUCUUCAGAUACUGUGGAGAUGUCAUGCCUGCUCUCAGGAGCUUUUCUCACAAGUACCAAUUGCUUAUUUGUCUGAGGGCUGAACCUUAUAGGAUUGAUCUGCAGGAGCUUUCCUGUAGUCACUGAGCAAUGACAAAACGAUCACAGAGCACUGUUUACUUAAGCUAAGUGAAACAAUUUGUCCUGAUGUGUCAAAGUAGCUGUUCCAGAAAAUAACAGGAACUUCAAAUAGAUAAUCUGUUUCAUAAAUCUGUAUUCACCAGCAAAAAAAGGCAAAGUAAAAAACUUGAGGUCUGGAAAGCAGAGCCUCCCUCCUUAGGUCUGACACUCCAUUUUCUCUAUUUUGCUUACAUUCUUUUUAAUUCAUCUAUAUUAAUAAAAAAGUUCUUAAUCAUACCAGUAUUCCUUAAUAUCCUACAUUCUUUGAAGUAUUGGUCUAAUUGUGGAAGUGAGGGUCAGCAGGAUCAGAGCCUAAAUGGCAGAACAAGUAAUAGGCUAUAAAUUGCAGUAUUCCCAAAAUUGUAGCAAAUUCUCCCUGCCUACAAGGUAAAUGAUCUUACUGUUUCACAUUAUCUCUUUUAAUUCACAGUAGUUUUGUGAUCUUCAAGGGUGAAUAGGAAAACUGCUUCCUAACAUAUUUUAGGUGAUGCACUUGAAAAAGAACAGAUUAUUUAAUCAUCAUGUUUAGAAAACUCAAUACUGGUUUAAACAUCAAGAGUUAAUGUAUGAAAAAGACAUUUUCUUUGCAGAAGGGAACAGUUGUGUAAGGGAUUAAGGAUUCAUAAGAAACAUCCCAGAUAACAGAACUUUUUAAAUUAUGCCACUUCAAAAAAUUGGUUUUUACUUAUACAUCAGUUUCACAAAUUCAUACAUAGCCCAGAGUUUGACUAAAAUUUAAAUUUACAUAGUGAGAUCCUAAAGAGCAUGUGCCAGGUCUUUUUGAACACUAUAAAAUGUUAUAGAGAUUCUGUGUAUCCAGCUGAUUUUAGUCCAAGGCUGUAAGUCCAAUUUGACUUGCACCAGAACAUUUCAGUUACCUUUGAGGUGAAGCUCACUUUAGAUGGCUCAAGAGAGACUCUGGGACCUGCCUUUUAUGUGUAUGCAAUUUUUCCUCAUUAUUUUCUGUAAUGAAUUUACAGUCCCACAAAACAUUGGUAGGACUGGCUGUGCACACACAGGCUGAUGCUAAUUGUGUGACCCAGGGAGACUGAUGCUCCAGGACAUAUCAGAUACACACCAUACUUUUGUAUAGCUGGUGUACUUGAAUUGUGUGGGUGUGAGGACCCAAAAUCCUGUCCUAUAAUAUUCCAAGAAUCCUGUUAGGUCAUUGUCAUUGCUCAGAAAACAAAGUGGUAAGUUAAUUAUUAAAAGCAUGUUGUUAAGUUCGAUGUCCAAAUGCCUCUUCAACAGUGACAGACUUGAGCACUUGACCAUCUCCCUCAGAAGCCUGUUCAGUCUUCACCCUCUCAGUAAAGGAAUGCUCCUGAUGUCAGUCUGAAUCUCUCCUGGCACAGCUUUGAGCCAUUAGUCUGUGUUCUCUCACUUAAUACCAGGGAGAAGAGAUCAGUGCCUCUCUCCCCACAUGCCCUCCUCAGGAAGCUGUGAAGUCAAUCCUCAGCUUCAUUUUCUCCUAACUAGACAAGCCCAAAAUCUUUAGUUGCCCCUCACAGGUCAUUCCUUCCAGCCCUCUCACCAGCUUUGUUGCCCUUAUCUGGACCCAUCCAAGAACCUUCACAUCCUUCUUAAAUUGUGUUGCCCAGAACUGCACACAGUGCUCCAGGUGAGGCUGCACCAGUGCUCUACACAGUGGGAUAAUCACCUUUCCUGAGCAGCUGGUGAUUCUGUAUUUGAUGCACGCCAGGAUGGGGUUUGUCCUGUUGGCUUCCAGGACACGCUGCUGAUUCUUGCUGUGCCUGCUGCCAGCCAGCAGCUCCAGAUCCAUUUCUGCAGAGAGGCUCUCCAGCCACUGCUCUCCCAGUUUAUACUUUUGCUUGAUAUUAGUCCAUCCCAGCUGCAGAAUCUGGUGUUUUGACUUGUUAAACUUCAUGCCAUCAAUCACUGUCCAGUGUUCCAGUCUAUGUAGAUCCCUCUGCAGAGCCUCUUGUCCCUCCAAAGAGUCAGCAGCACCUCCAAGUUUGGGAUCAUCAACAAAUGUGCUAAUGGUGGAUUCAGCUCCUGCCUGCAGGUCAUUAGUAAAUGUAUUGACCAGAACUGGCCCUAGAAUGGAACCCUGGGCAACACCACUGGUGACCAGUGGCCCCUUUGAGCUCUGCCCUUCAGCCAGUUCUUCACCCAGCACAGCCUGCAGCCACUCAUCCACAGCUGGACAAGUUGUCCUGAAGGAUGCUGUGAGGGACAGUAUCAAAAGCAGUACUAAAAACCAGAAAAACCAUGUCCACUGCCUUUUCUUCAUCCACUGUGUGGGUGACCUUAUCACAGAGAGCUAUCAAGUUAUUAAACAGGACUUACCCUUUGUGAACCCGUGUUGACCUCCACGUAGUUAACUUGUGCACCCUCUGUCACUGUUUCUACUACUAUAACUAAAGGGAUGGAAGAAAAAUGUGUUAUUAAAGUAAUACUUCCUGUAACUGAAAUCUAAUAGUGAAAAAUUUUAUUAAAAGUAACUAAUGGUGGUAACAUCCCUGUCUGAGUUUCUAUGCUAGUGACAUUGUCAAGAAAGUGCAGAACUGUCACUGCUGACAAAGAGAAGCUGCCAAUUCCUGGUUGUAAAAUGGAGUCAGCAAGGAGCUUUGGCACACUUACUGAUGCCACUGCUUGUAGGUAGACCAGCUGGCAAGAUUACACAUCAUUUUUCACCCCAGAGUAGUAAAUCUGUGUGAGUAUUUUUUGUGUGAUUUAGUGUUGAGAAGGCCCAGGAGUCCAUAAUUUGUGAGUUUGAGCAGAAGAGCUGCAAAAUUAAUCUUUACAAUAGCAACACCUGUUCUUUGACUCAGCCUUUGAUAAAUUACUUGUGGAUAAUAUUUACCACAUUCUUUGACUACUUUGAGAUAAUAGCAGCCAGGUGUAAAGCUAGUUUAUGGUAGUGAGAAAACAAUGCAGAAAGAGAAAUUGUGUGAGUCACCUUGAGUUUUUUAAAAGUAAUAUCGUCUGGUUAGAGUUUUAGAAGAAAAAGGACGAAUAAGAGGGGAACAGCUUCAAAUGUAUUCAGAUGUAAGAGUUUAGAGAGGCUAUUUUCAAAGUAAGUGAUAACUGAACAGAACUGGGUUACUUUCGAAUCUCAACAUCUCUCAACAAACAUCAUUUGCAAAACAGAUACAACAGCGCAUAUCUUGUCUUAUGGAAAUGGGAUCUUGGUUCUCAGUUCUUGUAAAUCAGACUUUACGUUUUAAAUUCUCCAGGCUCUCUGACAGCAUUUUAAAAAUUUAUCCUUAGCAGCAAGUUUCAAUGAUAACUGAAAGUCAAUAAUUGUUAAAUAAUAAAUCAUACUAAUUAUGACAACAUUUAAAAUCAAAUAGCUACUCACAUAAAAGAGUUUAAAUUAUACUAGUUUAAAAGAUUCGUUAUGUUAAAGAAGGAAAGAAAAAUACUUCUAAGAAGUUUUGUUGAUUUUUUAGCAUACCCUUUCCUUUUCCUCUCUGUGCACAUUGUCAAAUUUUUAGCCAUAGGUCAGAGAAAGAGAUAGUGUAUAAUUAUUUGCUCUUGUAAUGUACAUUUUGUUAUUAAAAAUAGGAAUUAAGACAUGCAUUUUAAGAGCUAUUAUAAUUUAGAAACAAAAUAUAUUUUGCUUGCAAAAUGUGUUCUCCUUUGAAACUCUCUACACAAUGAGAGAUAAAAAUUGUCAAGGCAGUAUGAUCCCAAAUCAAGGACCUGUGGUGUUCUUUUAGAGUGACUAAAAAUAUCUCUAGACAGAACCUCAUGUGUAUUCUUCCUCUGUGAUUCUGGAGACAGUUCCCCAUUAUCAUCUACUGCUUGUGUGCUGAUUCUCUGUGAAGAGUUUUCAGAGAAUGCAUAGAGAUCAUUCUUGGAAAAAUGAGGGACCUGGAGAAAAUAUUUACCACUUGCAUGAUCCUUCAGUUUGAUGAAAGUUCUGUGAGCUGGCAAGAACAGAUUUUCCUCUUUAUGGGGUACUGAUGCACAGAAACAGAAGAACUGCCAUCAGAACAUUUUUUUAGACAGCUUUUAUGAGAAGAAAUUCAUCCUUUCAGGGGACUGACUAGAGUCUGCUUGAAUUUUCCCUUGAGAACAAGUCCUACAAAGAUUGAAGGUUGGAAAUUUCUAAGUAUCACUAGCUUCCAAGAACCUUGAAAAGACAAAGACAGGGCUUUUGGUAUAAUUUGACCUGCCAUCUGUAGUCUCGGCGAGGAUUUGCUGCCCAAAACACUAAGUCUGCUUUCUUGGGUGCCGAACUCAAGAAAUAACCGACACAGCAGAUUUCCCCAGGUCACACAGCCUUGGACAUAAAGGGUCCCUACCUUCAGUCAGUCCACCUGGCAGAUGUACAUGACAGGCGAAUGAAGUAGACUCUUGAAAAGCUUGCUACUUAGUCAAUCCGUAUUAAAUAUACCGACAGAACAUUAAGGACUGGAAGGCACCCUUAAGGAUCAUCUGUGAAAAACAUUCCUUUGUGCUAAUCUGCAUAAGGCAUGCCAGUUUCUGUAGUCAAUGGCACACAAAGUUGUGUAUCUAUUAUCACUUCAUUCCAGCUUGCCAAAAGGAGCACUAGAUGCUCAUUUAUGGCUCAGUUGAUCCAGGGCAAGUCUUGAGUUCUUGGCUUCUGACCUGUGGGAGGAAAUUUAAAAGUUUUGCUACCCUUCAUCUGCAAACCCUUUGCUAAGGUUGACAGUGAAAUGUCUACUGCUGAAAAAUUGAAUGGUAAUUGGGAGGAAGUGGGAUUUCUACUCCAUUCAUUCUUGCACUGGUCUUGAAACUCUGCAGUCAAAGACACUCUGCUGAUGACUUCAACAGUUGUUGAAGAAAACCUUCAUUUUCCUAUUUGCACAUGUCUGCCUAGGGAAAAACCCAAAAGAAUGAAAGAUUGGGUUUUUUGUAGACUUGAGAAAUUCAGACUGUCUUCUAGUAAAGUUCCCAUGCAUACAGUAUUUGCCCAUGGGUAAAGUUCCUUGCACUGAGUAAAUUCACAUGCCAAAACAGUCAAUUUAUUCUAAUUAUGCAAAUAGGUGUUCCUAAGAUUUGGAAGAUUGUUUGGCCAGAGUUAACAAUAAGGAGGAGUCUACUGCUGGAAUAUGUUUUUGCUGGGAAAGUUUGCUUUUGCUAGGGCCAGGUGCUACUCAAUAUGAGUAAGAAUGACAGAAUCGGGGCUAGAGGAGCAACUGUUGAUUGCAAACUUUAUGACAUCUACACAACCACAUUCCAUUUCUGUCAUUCAAAUUCAGCUGUUUGUACUCUGAUCUGAUAGAACAUAGCUGUAUUGGAAUGUCUCUUUCAGUGUGUUUGAGUUUAGGGCAAGGUUAGAUGUCGUUUCUCUAGACAGUAAGGUGCUUAUGAGGCAUCACUCAAACAUUAGUCAAUUAUAUGUCUGGUUAGUAAGAACAGUUUUUUUCAGUGAACAAUAAAUUCACUAUAAAUACACACUUUUUUUCCUUUUUUUUUUUUUUUUUUCUUUUGUCUCACAAGUGAAUCUGUCCCAAAAAUGAACUUUUGGGAGACUUUUAUCCCGAUUAAUGAACCUUCUGGAGAUAUUGGUGUUUUUCUUUCAUUUACUAUUUCAAGAAAUUGCAGUAAAAACUUCGUAUCUCCCCCUUCCACGUAAUCUCUGCAAAGGGUGUCAUAAAGCUUUUGUCUGCUUGGGAUACAAGUUAUUUUCUAAAUUUCUCCAGUAUGCACUUAUGUAUAUUAAAGACAAUAUGUUAUCUCUCAUUCUGCCUGCCAUUGGCUUGGCUGCAUAUUUAGCUUGAGAGAGUUCUAUGUCCACUUCAGAAAUAGGACACCGGAAAGGAUUGUGCUCCUGUAAACAGAAUUUCUCCAGGCCUAUUGGAUGGUCUUGGUUGGAUGUCUUGUGACACUUGUAGCUGAAGCUGCAUCACUUCAUAUAACUGCUUUUUGAGUCUGAAAGUAGAAGAGAACCAUUUUCUAGCAUGGAAACCUGCCCAGUUGGAUUUAAUUCUUUAUUGAUGGUGAAACAAAAGUAGAGAUUGACAUUAUUUCUGCCACAAGUCAGAUGAAUGUUGGACAGUGAGUGGUGAGUUCAAAUGCAGUUAUGGAAAGUUGAAGUUAGACUCAAGUUUCCUAUUUUUUGAAUGGAUGUGCUUAAAUCCAAAGCUGCUGUUAUCUUCUUAUAUUAUUAAGGCUUUAAGGCACAUUGUUUUAUUUAUACUGACUAAUAUUUGGUUUCACAUUGGAAAAGUUCACAUUGGACUAAAUAUUUAGUAUGAGAAGGGAAUUUUCCAUUGCAGUGAGUAAAAAAAAUUUCAAAACCUGUUUUAGUGCAGAAAGCUCUUUUCAGUAAAGCUUCCAAACCUACAGAUAUCUUUUUCUACAGUUUGCCUUAUUAUGCCAAACUUGGAUUCCCAAUGACAUUUAAUGUAAUAAAAAAUGACACUGUAAUUUAAAAAAUGGCCUAGAGAAUUAUCAGGACACACAUUAGGUAAAUUAAAUGCUGUCUCAAUGAGGAAUCAAAAACUAGAGUUUCUAAUGGGAAGAUCUAGAUGAAUGGGGCUCAUUAGGGUCUGAUAGGUUUUGAUAAUGGGUGGGAAGGACAAGUUGAAGUUAUUAAAUGAUAUGAAUCCCCUGGUAUAAUGGCCACAUUCCAGUAAAAUGCACUUUAUUAUAACCAGAUGAAGUAUAUUUAAACCAAAUGAAAUAUAUCUGGCACCAGAGAAACAUAUCUGUCUCUGCUGCAGAAUAAUGAAGCUUUGUCCUGGAAAGCAGUGACCUAAUGGAUUUAGGAUGGUCAUAGAAGAUCAUCUCAGUGUAAGCUCUCAGCAUAAUGCUGUCACAAAGAAGGGUAGACCAUUUUUUCAAUGCCUUAGAAGUUAGAUAGCAAAGUGAUUAUUCCACAUAAUAUCAGUAAAAAAAUCCUCAGAUUAGGUGUCUUUCUAUUAAAACAGAUUGGGAUUACUCAGGGGAUUUCAGAUGAUUAAAAAUUACCAGGUUUGGGAAACCCUGUUAGGAAUUUGCCUCACUUACAUAAAGGCAUUCAACCAGGAACUUCAGAGAUAAUGUGAUAUCUGUAGAUAGAUGUUUAAGUAAAAAAGAUUUAACUCAUCAAACUGUGACAAAGGAAAUUAAAUGCUCUGUCCUAGCAACCAGGAGCUCCAGGUGUUAUAAGCAAAAAUUAAGGGACACAGUGAACUCAAAGCCAUUAACAUGUGGUUAACUUCUUAACUUCUCCAGUUAAGACCAGUCCCUGGGUCUUCUGUGGGUAACAGUCACAAGAAGAAUCUGCAAGUGAAACUGGCUUACACAUAUUUGCUUUUCUUUAUCCCAGCAUAAGACAAGUCCAUUACUUAUAGAACAAUCUGUGAUAGAGCUUAAAUAUCUGCUAAAAGGAGCACCUCCAUGGAAAACAGCUGAACAUUAGGUAUAAAUGACGAAAAGCCCCCAACCAUAUAAAGGUAAUAAAGGAUAAGAACUGUUGCUAAGGUUCUCUAGGCUUUUUGUCUUGUGUUUUGUUUGGUUGGUUGGUUAAUUUGUUUUUGUUCUUGCAGAGGUUUUCAUGGUAUGUGCCUUGCUUUGUUGAUUAUCAGUACAGAAUCACAUACAAAGUCCAGGCUUAUCACCUGACAAAAUGAAAAUUGUUCCAACUGUCUUUAAUUAAUUAGCUGGAGAAAAUGGAAAGAGUUUGUUCCUGCCAAUUUUCUUAAAUCUCCCAGAAAGGGCUUGUGUAUUUAAAUGUUCAAAAGGAGUGAAACUGCUGUGCCUGAUUUCCUUCAGUGCUUAAAAAUGGCAAGGUGGAGGCUUCUCAGGUAACACACAGACCUUUAUGCAUUCACCAGUACAAUUAAAUGAGGUUGUGGUGUUUAUUUCCGGUUAUAACCUUGGUUCUUUAACUGGAUCUAUGUAAUAGGUCCAGUUACAGCAUUAUAUUUUUUACAAACAAUGGAGAAGGCAAGUUGUGUUCCAGUCAGCAACAUUUGCAAAACAGUCACUUGCAAUAUGCAUCUGUAAAUAUUUUUAAAGGUUAAAUUUCCAUUUGCUUUGGGGAAGGUUUUCAACCUGAACACAAGCAGAAAUUAAAACCUCGCUAUCUCAGCUUAUCUGAUUCAUCACAGGUGCAUAUUAUUUUCAAUGGUUUUUGAAACACAGGCUAUUUUUUGCAAUCCAUUACCACUAUUGAAAAAGAAGUAGCAGAAAAAAAAAGCCUCUCAAAAACACUGAAUAAUUGGAACAAAUAGUAUAACUAAGGACACCGUUGUUUGCUUCUGAAUAUUUUAGAAACAGAAAAAAAAGUUGAGAUUCACAAACAUACUGAUCCACAUUGCUUACUUAACUGUGAAUUCAGCAUAAUAAAAAACUCUUACAAAAUGAAAACACAGUGAAGGAUUUAUUUUCCCUUUUCUGCUCUUUUUGUGUACAUUACAUUUGAGCCCUAAUUUCUGUGUUUUUCUGUUUGAUUUCACAGGUUUGUGAAAUCAGUGGAAUUAUUGAAGAACAAUUUAAUAAAAACCAAAAUUAUGGUGAUCAAAACUACACCUGAAAAUUUGAAUUAGUUUAUACAUAAAAAAUUUAAAUAAAGUUAUUUUUCUAGUAUCAGCAGCACAUGAGUGAAACUGUUCUGAUAUGAGGAUGCUGUAAUGCACUGAAUGAGAGUAUUUACUUAGGAAAGAAGGGUAAUUGUCACCUUUUAGUAUAAAUUUACUAUAAUAUUUUUUUUAGUUUAUACCCCUGUUGUUUUGGAUUGACAUUUGAUAAACUAAAUUCUGCCUGACCAAAACAAGCUUUGCCUAAAGAUUUUAACUUGUCUAAGGUUAUAUUUUAACUUGUCUAAGGUUUUCUACUCCUUAUAUUUUUGUAAUCUUUGCUCCUUUCUAGAUUAAUAAACAUUAAAGUAUUUGCUGCAUCUGCCCAUGUGUAUGUCCCAUUCAGGUCUCACAGAGAGCUGGCUGUUCACUCAUAGUCACCUGCAGAGAGAGGUCAGACAGGGGAAUGGGUGAAAGAGUGUGUGUGGGUAGCAGAAAGAGGUGCUGCUUGUGCUGCAUAACUUUGUAUUGAAUUUACUACUUUGAUCUUUAAAACAAAAUAAAGACUCUGUUAAAAAGGGGAACACAAUAAGGAGUGGUGCAUGCAUGCAAAAAUAAAGCACCUAAAAAAGAAUUUCUUAUAUUAUGAUAAAGUUAGUUACCCAUAUGAAUUACUGAGACAAACUUGCUGUUUAAAAUAUUCUAUCUGGUGUGUGCUGUGUGCUUGGAAUUUUAGAAGAUGUGUCAGCACAGACUUCAAAUGAAGGGAUGUGGCAGUUGCGUUUACUGAUUUCAUUUACCUGUUAAUUCUGUCAAGUGUGUUCUCAGUUUCCUUUGUCUUCAAUUAUGUAUGCUCGGGUCCUGUAUCUUAGACAGAAUGAUAUAAUGAAAUUGCUUGCAACUAUUAAAAAAAUACAGUAUUACAAAGCAUCUAUUUGUUUAAGAAAUAAAAAUGAGUUGUCUGUCAUAAGUG